AUGGCCUCGAGCUUGUUUGCGGGCUCUGCCAAGCAGCCACCAGCGCCGUGGCAUCACCUGCUGGGCAUCGCCUUCUUGGCGCUCUUGGCCAACAUCGUUGAGAAGAAAGCAGCAAUGCGUGGCUGCCAUCGCAACCCUCUACCAGCCUGGUUUGAUCGCUUUCUGCGCGUCGCCUUCCUGGGCAUCUUGGCUGGCCCCAGCUUCUACGCGCUCGACUCCUUCAUCGGCCUGCCCAUCUUUACCCCGCUCCUUGUGUUGUACCUGAUCCCGUACUCGGACCUCUGUGAGCAAGAUGGUGGCCGUGAACACCUCUAUGCCCGUCGUUGGUGGCUCAUGGGCUGGCUGCGCAAGCGCUUCAACCUCAAGCUAGUCAAGACUGUCGAUUUGGAGAAGGACAAAGCUUAUAUUCUCGGUAUCCACCCCCACUCGGUGCUGCCCUUUGGCAGCAUGGUCGCGCUGGGCGACGAGACUGAGGGCUCGCAAAUGAAGGAAUUGUUCCCCCACCUUAAAUAUCGUACCCUGGCCGCUACCUUUUGCUUUUAUACCCCCUUGUACCGUGAUAUGCUGCUUUUUGGUGGCGUUGUGGACGCGGCACGCUACAGCGCGCGCCGCAUCUUGAGCAAGGGAUAUUCCCUUGCCCUCGUUCCCGGUGGAGCGACGGAGGCCCUCUACUGCUACCCCGAUCGCGAUGUGGUGUAUUUGAAGAAGCGCCGUGGUUUUGUGAAGCUCGCCCUCCAAUCGGGUGCUUCCCUUGUUCCUGUCUUCAGCUUUAAUGAAAACAACACCUAUGACCUCUUCGGAUUGGACAACCCUACCGUUGACUGGGCCAAGCGCAAGUUUCAGAACAUCUUCGGUAUCUCCCUUCCCUUCAUCAAGAAUGUGUUUCCCAAACGCUGCGACAUCACUGUUGUGGUUGGCUGCCCCAUUGCGUGCCCUCAAGUCGAGGAGCCAAGCAAGGAGAUGAUUCAAGAAUACCUGGACAAGUACAUCGAAGGCCUCAAGCAACUGUACGAGGAGAACCGCACCAAGUACAACAAGCCGGCCAAUAAGCCCCCACUUGAGGUCAUCUGA